ACUCGUUUUCGAACGACACAUGACUAGCUUGUUGCGAGAGAUUGAAAAACAGGAGCAGCUUUAAAGCCAAUGGUGUUAUAGUAGUUAUAUUUAAUGAAUGUAUGGUAAUAUUUAAUAACUGUAGAAUAGUAUUCUUGUAAGUAGAUAGGCGGUGAUGUGACGUUGAUUUGGAGCAUCAAUGCUUCGAGAAAAGGCUGAAAGGCUAAAAUAUAGCUAGCUAGCUAUUAGUUAGCUAGCUUGCUACGCUAAAGUCACCGCGUAGUGCCAAUGAAGCUGAAGUAAUUGCUUGGACAGUUCUUGUGCAUGCGACUCAGCUAAUAGCAGGCUGCUAAUCGGGGCAGACUGAAAGGGUAAGUAUGUAGGGUGAAGGAUGGAUAGCUAGCUAGCUAGCUAGCUAACAGCUGUCACUGAUGUUGUUGUGUAUGUUCCUCCUGGCUAAUCACACUAAUAAUAGUCGCUGACCGACUGAUCUCGAGUCUAUUCUGACAGGUUCGUUGACAUGUCGUCUCCAUCACCGGUACAAAUAAGGGAAGCGAACGCACAUCUGGCUGCUCUGCACAGGCGAGUCGCAGAUCUGGAGCAGAAACUGGAGGCAGCCGAGAACACGCUGAGGGAGCAGGCAGAGAGUCUGAUCCGGAAAGACGAACAACUCAGGGCAGCAACACAGGAAAUAACCGAGAAUAAGGACAGGGAGAUUUCCUACCUCCAUGAGAAGCUUUGUCAGUCAGAAGAAUCCAUUCAGAAACUCCAGCACAUGGUGAAAGAGAAAGAUUCCCUGAUUGGGCAGUUGCAGCACCGCUGCCAGCUGUUGGACAACAUCUGCAAAAGCCGUCCUCUGUUAGACAGCAUGCUGGCCCAGAUGGCCGAGGCUGAGAGAAUGGGGCCUGUUAUUGACUUAGUAAACACCACAGCAGACACUUCACUCACGGAUGGAGAGUCUAACUGCAGCCCCUGUGGCCUGUCCAAUCACAAAGACUUUUCGCUCAGUGAAGAUGACAUGGACGAUCCAGAGCUCGAGGGUGUAAUGUUUGGAACGACAGUAUGAAAAGACUUAUUUCCAUAUUUUGUCUUUAGUAGAACAGACGUGGAACUUUGUCCAUUAUGAGAAGCGUUAGUUGGCUUUUGGUUGAUUUUCAUCCAAAUGUGUAUCCAGUCCAAUUAAUUUCCUUUAAAAAAAAAAAAUUACUAUGGGUAUAAUUCAACAAGCUGUGCCCAUGACAUCACCUCUGUAAAGCAGUUUUAAAUAUGGUAACCUAAGACAGUAAUAACCCUAUAAAUCCACAUGUAACCAUUUGUUUUUCUAAGACUUGACUAAAAAAAAAAAGCUGAAGUACAUUUUUGAUAAAGUUAUCAUUUGGGAAUAAUUCAAUAAGGCAAGAACAUGAGAAGCCUCACCCAUAUUGUACAUGAUCUACAUUCCUUAUUGCAUCAUAUUUGAAUCUGUGCCACUAACAUUUUUAUGCAAAUGUUACUCAUACAUACAUUCAGAUGUCAGACAGCAGUUGGUUGGUUUGGUUCCAUAUAAUCUUCACAUGAUUUGUAAAUGCUUUAUUCAGUUGUAAUUCCCCUUGUCAUCCUCUUAGUAAUAUUAAUUCUAGGUCACAAAAAUCCAUUUUAUUUUCAGUUACAUAUUGAAUUUAGUCUGAACACGGACAAGUUUUAAGAUGAAUGGUUCCACUUUAAUCAAUGUGUUGGUUUUUCACUUAUCCCUCAAAAUGAGUCAUUCAAGUGGGUAACUGUUGCACAUAUUCUAGCUAUCGACUGUCCUGUUUGGAACUUUACGGCUAGAAAAAAUUUGAAUAUCUUACUUUGUUUUAUGCAAAGGUGAAGUGUGCUAUUGCAUCAUGGCACAGUGCUUGUGUUAUCAGGGCAUGUGUGUGUUACCUUUUAUUUUCUACAAAGUUAAUUGGUGCCUCAGAUGUUAGCACUUGGUCUAUGGAAUUAUUUAUUCUACAUUAAACUAUUUUGCUAUUCUAUAA